GGACUAUAGGUAUUGAAAAAUGCAUUUCUAAAGCCAAUACACACUCGGGCGUUAUAUAGGUAUAGAGGUGUCUACAUCGUAUCGAUCAGUCAAUACACACGGGUGCUGGUCAUCGAGGACCAGACACGACCAGGAGACAAAAUGACCAUCACGAAGCUGGCCGUAGUUGUCCGAACCAAUGUUCCGAAAGCUGCUAUACAGAAGGAAUUCCUCGAGCAGUUGUCAACUCACCUGGCCAAAAAAUACAACACCGAAGAACAGCAUGUGGUUCUCGAGAUUCACGGUGACGUCAUGAUGACACGUGGAGGGAAGACGUCACCAAUGUUAAAUAUGAAUGUCUACCACAAUAGUGACAUGAUCACCCAGGCAACGAAGCACGCCGACGCCGGGUCUAUAGCCAAGUUUGUUAAUGAUGCGGUCAGCAUCCCUGUCGACAGGAUACUGGUGCUUUUCUUUGACACAAGGAAGUGCACGUGAUCGCCCAAUAGACACACUGCUUCUAAUUCCUAGUGGAGAUUUGCGGAAACUGAGAGGAACAAAAUGUGAUUUGUAGACGCAUAGACUUUCAACAUUAAUUUAUUUCAUUUAAUAGACGUCAUUUUCAUUAUAAUUUUUUUUUUUUUUUUUUGGAGAAGAUAAAAAAAAACCCAAAUACUGUGAUACAUUGAUACGAUGUAUACGGAGUGUCACGUGAUUAUACGUAGGUUGCUAGUCCGACAGAAAUGAUGUAAUUACUCCAUAUUCAAUACAUUAAAAUAAUCUAAUGAUA